AUGCGAAAUUCCGAUAUAGCCACGGAGACGGAAUUACGGGAAAUAUAUAAGCAUCACUCCAAUCUAAACAUCAUAAGGCAAUGCUCGAAUGCAACCCCUAUCAGAAGCCGCGGUGGGAUCGGCUACACGUGCUGUUAUUGUACAGAUGAAUACCCAAAUCCAGAAGAUCUAAAAAGUCAUACCCUAAAACAUCACGUUGCCGGAUCCGCACUCAGGUGGAUUGCCAAGGAAAUGAAUAAAAUCUAUUCUUACGUCAUCAAACUUGACAUUACUGCGUUGAAAUGUAACAUAUGCGAUACCGGCUUUGAUAGCUUAGAUGAUUUUGUAUAUCACUUGAUCACAGACCAUGAUAAAAAGAUAUACACUGAUUUAGACGACCGCAUCAUACCGUUAAAAUUCGAAGACAAAUUACUAAGUUGCGUUUUCUGUUCGCAAGCAUUCAACAAAUUCAAGACUUUGAUGCAGCAUAUGAACAUACAUUACAGAAAUUUCGUUUGCGACGUUUGCAAUGCCGGCUUCCCGACUCCUCACUUAUUAAAUAACCACUCUUUUACUCACAAAAAAGGAGAAUUCGGGUGCAUCUUUUGCGACAAAGUUUUUGAUACCCUUAGAAAGCAGAAAGCGCACGAGAAAGCAAUUCAUAAACAAGUAUGUAGGAACAUAUGUGGUUUUUGUUACGAGAAAUUCAGGGAUCACAAAAAAAAGGAAGAGCAUUUAACCGAGGUACACGGCGUGACAAUAAUCGGAAUGCAGUGCCAGGCUUGUUCCAAGACCUUCCCGAAUAGAAAACUUUAUACUAUUCAUAUGAAGAGGGAUCAUUUACUGGAGAGAAAGCAUCAAUGUGUCGAAUGUGAUAAGGCAUUCUUUAGGAUGACCGAUUUGAAGAAACACAUGCUAAAACAUACUGGAGAGAGGAAAUAUCAGUGCUCUGUAUGCAAGAAAUCGUACGGAAGGAACACGACGUUAACGCAACAUAUGAAAAUACACGCCAACAUAAGAAAAUACAAAUGUUCGGCUGACACAACUAGUGAAAACGUAUCGCAUAAUCCGCUGAAACCACGUCCUGCAAAGAGAAAGUCCGAUAUAUCCACGGAUACGGAUAUAAGAGAAAUAUAUAAGCAUCACUCUAAUCUAAACACUAUAAGGCAAUGCUCGAACGCAACACCAAUCAGAAGCCGCGGCGGUAUCGGCUACACGUGCGCUUACUGUACAGUUCAAUAUCCAGAUCCAGCAGAUCUGAAAAGUCACACUUUAGAACAUCACAAAGCUGAAUCCGCACCCAAAUGGAUGGCAAAGGAAAUGAAUGUAAUAUAUUCUUACUUCGUUAAACUUGACAUUACCGCGUUGAAAUGUAACAUAUGCGAUACCGGCUUCGAUAGCUUAGAUGAUUUCGUAUAUCACUUGAUCAUUGACCACAAGAAAAACAUAUACACCGAUGUAGACGACCGCAUUAUAUCGUUCAAAUUCGAAGAAAAAUUGCUAAGUUGCGUUUUCUGUUCGCAAGCAUUCAACAAAUUCAAGAGUCUGAUGCAGCAUAUGAAUAUCCAUUACAGUAAUUUCGUUUGUGAAGUUUGCAAUGCAGGAUUCGUGACUCGACAAUUAUUAUAUAGCCACUCCUUUACGCAUAAAAAAGGAGAAUUCGAGUGCACUUUUUGCGAUAAAAUCUUUGAUACGUCUAUGAAGCAGAGAUCGCACGAGAAUAUAAUUCAUAAGCAAACGAGUUGGAACAAAUGCGGUUUCUGUAACGAGAAAUUCAGGGAUCACAGAAAAAAGGAAAAGCAUUUAGCUGAGAUGCACGGAGUGGCGAUGGUCGAAAUGAAGUGCCAGGCUUGUUCCAAGACCUUUCCGAAUAGAAAACGUUAUACUAUACAUAUGAAGAGGGAUCAUUUACUGGAGAGAAAGCAUCAAUGCGACAAAUGUGACAAGGCAUUCUUCAGGACGACCGAUUUGAAGAAACACAUGCUAAAACAUACUGGAGAGAGGAAAUAUCAGUGUUCUGUAUGCAAUAAGUCGUACGGGAGGAACACGACGUUAACGGAGCACAUGAAAAUACACGCCAACAUAAGAAAAUACAAAUGUGAAUACUGUGAUCAGAAAUUCAUUCAGAAGUGUACCUGGAAAGGGCAUCUAAAGGCUAAGCAUAACGUGGUGUUGCAAUAA